AUUUAUUCUAAUUCAUAAAUAACCUACUCACUCUCUUCACUCUGCUCACCUUCACUCCGCUCACCUUCACUCCUCUUCCUCACUCAGAUCUCCACCACCCAAAACGAUGCGUUUCACUCUCCUCCCUCUCCUCCUCCUCCUCCUCCUUCUCUCAUACUCCGCAGCCGCACGUAAACCAAGCUCCCACAACGCCACCACCUCCUCCCACCUCGUCCGUACGUCAUGCCAACACGCCAGCUACCCCAACCUCUGCCUCCACACGCUCUCCGCCUCCCCGGCCCAGACCCCUCGCGACCUGGCCCAGGCUGCCGUCGGCGUCUCCCUCUCACGCGCCCGUAAAGUCUCCGCCUUCCUCUCCCAGCUCUCCCAUUCCUCCUCCUCCUCCUCCACCCCGAAGCGGCAGCGCGUGGCGGUCGGCGACUGCGUGGAGCAGGUCUCGGACUCCGUCGACGAGCUGAGCCGCACGCUGGAGGAGCUCCACCACCUGCACGAGGAGACGUUCCGGUGGCAGAUGAGCAACGCCCAGACGUGGGUCAGCGCCGCCCUCACGAACGACGACACGUGUCUCGACGGGUUCCAGGAGGUCGACGGCAAGGUGAAGGCGGACGUCAAGAAGAAGAUUACCAAUGCUGCUAGGGUUACCAGUAACGCGCUCUACAUGAUCAACCGGCUCGACGAGAGCCGCGGACGGCCCAGAUCUUAGCCUUGACGACGAUGAUGGACGCUGCUUGCUUGAUGUACUUGAUAUCUAGCCGUUAUGGCCUGUAAUGUCUUGUUCUAGUAACUGUAGUUUUUACUAUUUACUAUUAGUGUGUUCUACAAGUUGUAUGAUAUUAUCAUCUUAUCUAAGUCGUAUAAUAAUAGUAUAAUGCUA